AUGGCCAACUACUACCAGCAGCCUCCCGCAGGCUACGGCGCCCCAGCCGCGCAGAAUCUCAACUUCUACCAGUCCUCAUAUUCGGCGCAACCCGUCUCCGGCCAUUCGACUCCCUUCCAGGCAUACAGUGGCGGCGCGCAAGCAGCUGCCUACCCGGCGGCUGGAUAUGGCGGCAACAUGGGAUUUGGCGGACCCGCGGGCGUGAGUGGCCGUAUGGGCGAGCAGGGAGGACUCAGGACAGGUUGGCUGGCGGCGUUCGGCACUGAGGGCUAUGAUGGCGAGCCGCCAUUGCUGGAGGAGCUAGGUGUCAACUUUGGGCACAUUAAGAUGAAGACUCUUACGGUCCUGAAUCCACUCGCGAGGAUAGACCAGCACAUCAUGGACGACUCCGACUUGGCCGGUCCGAUACUGUUCUUCUUGUUGUUCGGUACAUUUCUGCUCUUUUCCGGCAAGGUCCACUUCGGCUACAUCUACGGCCUUGCGCUUCUGGGAAGCACCUCGCUCCACUGGAUCCUCGCCCUCAUGUCUCCGCCGCUCGAUUCCACCACCAGCGCCCCGCAUCCUUCAGUUCCCGGCACGCACGUCUCGCACUUCAGCUCGACGCUGACGUUCCCGCGUUCCGCUUCCGUGUUGGGCUACUGCCUCCUGCCGCUGGUCCUGACCAGCAUGAUUGGCAUCGCCGUGCCCAUGGACGGCCUGUUCGGAUACAUACUUACGACGGGGGCCAUUCUGUGGUGCACAUACAGCAGCAGCGCCAUGUUCUGUGCUGUUGGUAGAAUGACGGGAAUGAGGGGUCUAGUCGCGUACCCCCUUGGACUGUUCUACGUGGGCUUCGGUAUCAUGGGCAUUUUCAGCAGCAGAGGCACGGGCAGUCUGGCGGCGAAGACAGCGGGCGCGUAG